CCUUCGGAAGGUGGUGCGGGGGGGAGGGGGGGCUGUCCCAGCCCCACCGCCCCGGGCGGCAGUGGGGGUGACCUCAUCAGGCAGCGACAAGGCCCCGCCCCCGAGGACGCCGGCCGCGUUGCCGGGGAGACGGCAGCCGGGGCGGGCGGCGACAACCAGGCCCCGCCGGCAGCGGCGCUGGGGGCUGCCCGGAAGGGGAAAACAUGAAUGAGGUAAAGGAGACCCUAAGAAACAUAGAACAGAACUACAGGCUCUUCCAGCAGCAGCAGUUUACAUUUAUCACAGCGCUGCAACGCACCCGAGAGAAUGCACACGACAUGAUCAGACCUGUGGCAAGCAUCAGACAGGUACAGUCCUACAUGGACCAUCACUGUAACAAUUCCACUGACCAGCGUAUCCUCAGCAUGUUCCUGAACAUCUGUAACGAUCUAAGCAAGCUUUGCCAGAAUCUGGAAACCCUGCAUCCGGGUAACAGUGUAACCAACGGCAUUUUGGAAAGAUGCAAGCUGCUCCUUAGCCACAGCAAUGAUCUUAGCGCCAUCCGAGCUAAAUACCCUCAUGAUGUUGUCAAUCACCUGAGCUGUAAUGAAGCAAAGAAUCAUUAUGGAGGUGUAGUGAGCCUCAUCCCCAUCGUUCUAGACUGCGUGAAGGAGUGGGUAGCCCACACUGAGAAGCUGCCACGGCACAUGCUGUGUAAUGCAAAUUAGCUCCUGUUCUUUGCCUCCUGCUAGAAGACACUCCUGAAUAAACAAUUUCCCCAUGCAAACCUGACUCAGUUUGCUAAAAUUGUGAGAAUGCUUUUGCCUUAAGAUGACCAGAUCUUGGCAACAGACAGCCAAAGAGAAGGGAGAACUGAUACAGAAGAGGGAGCGUAGGAAAGAACAGUAGCUCAGAUGGAACAAUAAGUAUUUUCAAGAGCACUUUUAUUCCUCUCAUAUCCCCACCUUCUUUUGCACUUUCUUUCCCUCAUCCACAUAUGCUGAUACAUAAUACACCUGCUCUGGAACAGAGGAUUAUUUUUCAGGAGAUACGAUCCAAUUGAACCAAAACUUGGUGACCAACUCAAAAUGGUAACGAAGCUAGCUGAGGUCACUCUUAGGCACUAAUGGGCCACAGUCAGCAAAAGUGACCCUUCUUACCUCAGGCUUUGAGAGCCACGUUGCAGCAGCAGCUUUAGGAAGGGAGCUAAAAAAUAAAAAAAUCAAAAAAAUCAAAAUGAAUGACUUGCAGCUGCCCUAUUGUUGGUUCGUGUUGCAAAAACAAGUGUCCAGUGACAGUUGCUGUGCUGGAAAACUUUUUGAACCAAGUACAUAUGUGGACUAACAGAAGACAAGUGUGGAGGCAGAUGGGACACUAUUCCCAGAUCUUGUUUCUAGACUUCCCAACCCAAACUAUCGUAUAGCUUAAGUUUGAAUAUGCAGUCUCUCAGAACAAAGUUAUUCUUCCAUCUGUAGUUUGCCAUCAGCUGCCACAGCACAACACAGCACAAAUUGUUUGUCAGUCCCAUCAGACCUGGUCUAACCUUCUUCCUAAUCCUGCAUAAUUCAGUUGUUCACUAGUACUUGACAGAGGUUGUGAUACAUGCAAGAAACGUGCACUUGCUGAUCUUUUAUAAGCAUUUCUAACCUAACCCUAUGCUUUCAGUCAGUCUUACGCAGCCAAAACGUUAAGGCACAAGCAGAAAAAUGAGUGCAUAAAACUUGCAAUCUGAAGACUGGUAGUGACAUGACCAGAAUCUGUUGGAAGACUGCAAAGUUAAGUCUCACAAAAACACCUAGACAAAUUACUUAAUUUCCAUACAAGUUCUGCUCUUCCAGAGUGGAUGGACACUUCAAAAGACAAAAAGAUACAGCAGGAAUUGUUUUUCUCUAUUACAAAUCAAGCUUUUUGAAGAAUUUACAUAAACAGGAUGUAAAUGCCAAACAUAGAACUGCAAUAAAGUUUUACUUUAACCUCUCUGAGCAUAAAAUUGCUAGAUACACACUUAGAAACCAGGCAGGGUGCCAAACUGACUUACCUGGAGAUCUAUCAGGUGGCCCAGAAAAUAAACAUUUUUUCUUUCAAAGACUAGAGCAGAAAUAUAGGCUGUUUGUGGAUGAUCUCUGUGGAAUCCUGCCAUCUGUAGGCAAUAAAUGACUUAUACGUUCCCCCCAGUUCAGGUAAAGGUCAAACUAGGCUUUCGUCAGCUUGUGACCAACCCAAAAGAUUCUACAAGUUAAACAUCUGUCUCAGCAUUUGAGACCCUGUAACUAGGGGGAUAUUGUUCAUAACCCAAGAAGUUAAGAUCAAGUGUCAGGUAUUAUAGUGCACUCUUAAGGAAAUGAGAGGGGGCAAUUUAAGAGAGAACAGAAACUCAGCUUCUCCCCAAAUAAUUAAAGUUCAUGCUGACCGAAGUGGCAGACUUACUGGGGCCUCUAGCGGUUAGGUUUGGGAAAUGGAUGAAAGGCAGCAGCCAAAGCAACCCUACUACUCAAUCCUGAAUCCAAAGAUGCUUUUUUAAUGUUUCCUUCACCUAAGACAGACUGAACACAUAAACAAAGACAACUGCAGUGAAGCAUCCCUGGUUGCUUUCCCAAGGUACUAAACUCGAUGCCACCUGCACAUAGUAGCUUUCAUAAGGAGCUGAUAAUUUCAGAAAAACACUGCUCUUCACAACCCUGUUAAAUUGGCUUGUUGUUUUCCAAACACUUUGUAGUAGUUAUGCUGUGCUGGUAAGAUGGAGAGAGUGCUGACCCUAUUGAAGAAAGCAGAAAUAGGAUUUGGCAAACAUUAAAGAUCACCAAUUGAGUCCAAAACUAGGGAGUGCACUGGGAUUAGAACAGGGCUCAAAAAACAAACAAACAAAAACAAACAAAAAACCCCAAACAGUAAAGCUCCCAUACACUGAGAACAUGAAAACUAUCAGUCAAAAUUUAGAGUAAGAAUUUGUCUCAAAAGUAAAAC